AUGGCUAUCUCUAAGUUACCACCUUUUCCGGACGACGUCCCUACCCAUCCACUUCUUGUUAUCGACUACGCCCUUCUCAAAACGCAUGACCAGGAAGAGAUCGAGAGACUAUGGAGAGCUGCGACGCAGCUGGGAUUUUGGUAUCUGAAGAAUCACGAUGCGGAGCAAGAGGCUAACGGUAUGUUUGAUAUGGGCGACGAGACUAUGAAGCUACCCAUGGAGGAGAAGAUGAAAUAUGAGCAAGGAGACGAUGGAAUGUCUUUUGGAUACAAAGCCGCUGGAUUGAACGCCGUCGAUGCCAAUGGAAUCACUGAUACCGUCGAAUUCAUUAACAUCGCCAAAGACGACGCCAUAGCGUACCCCACACCUGUUCGACGGGAGUACCCUAGCACCGUGAACGUCCGUAUGUCCAGCACUAUACAUCCCUUCGUCACCAAGUCCAUCGAAAUCAAUGAUACGAUCCUCGGCAUCUUCAACGAGAAGCUCGGGCUUCCAGAAGGAUCUCUCGCGAAGAAGCACAGUCGGGAAGAGUUCAGUGCAAGUGAGGCUAGGACGAUAAAGAGCCCACCGGGGUAUACCAGCGAUCGGAUGGCUAUCGGAGCACAUACGGACUUUGGUUCUUUGAGUUUCCUGCAUAAUAGGCUUGGAGGACUGCAAGUGCUACCUCCCGGGUAUGAAGAAUGGCAAUAUGUAAAGCCUAUUCCAGGACACGCCAUCUGCAAUGUUGGUGACGCGUUGGCGCUGUUCAGCGGGGGGAUCCUCCGAUCCAACAUCCACAGAGUCGUCCCCCCUCCUGGUCCGCAAGCACAUCUCGAGCGCUGGUCCCUCGUGUACUUCACCAGACCCGGAAACUCGGUCUUACUUCGACCUCUGGCGGAUGAGAGUUCAAUAAUUGCUGCUGCAGUCGAGAACUCCUCUCAGGUCAACACGCCUGUGACGGCACACGAGUGGUUCACUAGAAGGAUCAAAAAUCAGCGCAUGAAAAACCGAACGGGGCCUGAGACGUGGCAGGCAAGUCGAGGCACGGAAGGAGGCCGGGCCUAA